CUCUUCGAGUAGUAGUGCGAAGCAGAAAGCAGAUGAGGAAAAGGAUGAAACGGCAGCGCCCGGACGCAAGUCGACGUCAUCGGCGUCGUAGCAAUAUAUAAAUAUAUAUACGGCGCUGGCGACGUCCCGCGUCUUUUAUUAAUAGAGCGCGAGAGGCGAGCGCGGGGUCCUGCAAGCGCGGACAUUUGCUAGGUGUUGGGGUACGUGGCUGAUGUAGACGUUCGCGGCGGAGCUCGAGGUGGCAUGUGUGGGACUAGUGAUGAGUGAAUUGGAAUUAUCGACAAGAAUAAGAAUAAGAAUAAGAGAAGAAGCUGCGGAUGCGGAUGGUGUCCGCCAGUGUCCGCAGUGCGCAUAAGGCAAUCAAUGAGGAGGAGGCUGCUUGCUGGUGGUGGUAGCAAAAGCACUACACUACACUAGUUCUCUUCUGGUGAUGGGACUCGGCACGGUGCACGCCGCCCGCCGGUGACGGUGACGUGACCUAAGGAAUGUUCAUCCCCGACACGUUGCGCAGCUGCAUGGUGGAGCCCGAUGUGUCCUCGUAUCUCCAGACGCCGUCCUCGGGACAGGACGAGUUCCACCCAUUCAUCGAGGCACUCCUGCCUUUUGUCAAGUCCUUCUCAUACACGUGGUUUAAUCUCCAAGCCGCCAAAAGGAAGUACUACAAAAAACACGAGAAACGGAUGUCUUUGGAGGAGGAGAGACAGUGUAAAGAAGCUUUACAGAAUGAAAAAGCCGAAGUCAAGCAGAAAUGGGCCUCCCGAUUGUUGGGGAAACUCCGGAAGGACAUUACGCAGGAAUGUCGCGAGGAUUUCGUGCUGAGCAUCACCGGGAAGCGUCCCGCAGUCUGCGUGCUCUCGAAUCCCGAUCAAAAAGGCAAAAUGCGCCGAAUAGACUGUCUUCGCCAAGCAGAUAAAGUUUGGCGCUUGGAUCUCGUUAUGGUGAUACUUUUUAAAGCAAUACCUCUCGAAAGUACGGAUGGCGAAAGGCUCGAGAAAAAUCCGGACUGUUCUCAACCUGGACUUUGUGUAAAUCCAUAUCAUAUUAAUGUGUCAGUGCGAGAACUGGAUCUUUAUCUAGCCAACUUCAUCAACAGCCACGAAAUAUUAAGCGGUGUCUGUUACAAUAACAACAACAAGAAAGAAGACGACAGGAAAAACAAAGUUACAGGUUACACCCACAAUCCGUACAACGGUGUAAUAUGUAAUGACAUUAUAUUAGCUACAGGAGUAUUUUCAUCAAAGGAAUUAUGGAAGUUGUCCAAAUCUUCAAUCUUGCACGAACUUUCCGAUCCGCAACCAACGAUGAACAGUGUCAAAUUAGAACACCCAGCCUAUUAUUGCAACAAUUAUUCAGAGCAGGGGCCUGUUGUCAGUGACCGGACGUCUUCAGUCGACGCCAUGGUCGUCUCAGCGGCCUACUCUAUACCUCAAAACACCACUCUAGUGUCUUCCAGUUCUCAACCUAACCCAAGUACAAUAUUCUAUCAGCACAGUCCGGAACCACACCAACACCAGCACCAGAACCAGGUCAAAUAUCCGGAAAAUGGCCACGACACCCUCUCCGAUUUUGUCACAUUCGUGUGCCAAGAGACGGACAGCAGCAACCAAAACGCACAAAUGCAAACGAACAUGUCUCGAAGUCCGAAAACGCAGUAUUUCCCGUCGACGAUGUUGCCGCCGCCGCCUCUGCCGCCGAUGGCCCGUCCUGUGGCCAUAAUCCGUUCAACUGGGGACGUGACGUUGAGUGGUACGAAUUCGCCCCCUGCGAGUAUAACCCCUCCAUGCAGCGAGGCGUCUCCCGCUGAUGACGUCCCUGAGAUAUCGUCGUCGCCCCCUCUAAGUCCCGGGAGUCACGAGCGUCGCAAAAGUCCAUCGCAGAGGAACUCCGUGCCGACUAGUAGUCCAUACUCGCCGACUCGGGAUUACUCGUUCAACCACUUUCACGGGCAGCCGGGACAUCUCUUCAGCUACCCCAGUAUGAGCGGGAUGUCUGGAGUUAUCAGCCCUACGAAUCUCAGCAUGUACUCGGCCAGCGUGAGUACGUCCAGAGGUACGCGUUCUAGCAGCAUCCCGCGUUGGAGCGCCCCCUUGUUCACGCUUGACCAAGAGGAUUUCAACAUGAUUGCCCACCAGACGAACCAGGAAUCAAACGCAAUCAUCCUGAUGGACGAUGGCACGGCCAGCUCCGAUCAUGGACAGUGCUGCAACAGUGCAAAUCUUAUGUGCGAUACGGACCGAUUCUUUCAACCGGGCGAUGCCUUAGAGAACUCGGGCCCGAGGGACGCAGAACUACCCGCACCGAAAUCCCCGUGAGCAUCACGACGACGACGAUGACGACGACGACGACAAACUGCCUUAUCGCUUUCUUGCCAAUUUAUGUGUGAUUAUUAUGUUGGAUUUUGAUCAUUUCACGCGACUCGGUGCGCUAUAGGCUGCUCAACUAGCGUAGAUUAGGUUACUGUAUACAUACUUAUAGUAUAGACCGGUGCCAAGACAGGCUGUGGCGAUCCAGAAGGACCCGGCACGUCGGAAAAGACACUUACUAUUCGACUUGCUCGCCCCAAAUGGCCUGAACACGUUGGUGACGUUAGUUUCAAUUCCGUUCCUAUGCGGCUGUAGCUCUCCACAGCGCCCUCUCUCACACCAAAACCGGUUAAACCGGUUUCCAGUCAUCGCAACUAAAUUUUCAAAUCAAAUAAGACAAAUCUUUAUGUUAAGAAUAAAACGAAGUAAAAAUAGCAGACAAAAAUCAAACAACGGAUUUAGAGGAUUCAUGAGAGUCCAAAAUUUAAAAAGUAAUUGUUGCAUUGCCCGGGACUGUUUAAGUUUUGACUAGCGUUGCCAGCU